AAAGUCAGAUGUUAUGUUGGCAACAGUGAUGUAAACGUCAAGCCGGUGACGUAACCUCAAAAUUUUCAGUUUUUUUCACUCGUGUUUUUUUGAAAUUUUUGACUAAAAACACACUAGAGACGUAUUUUUUCGUAAUCAGUGAGUUACAUUCUACUCAAUCGUGUCCUAUAAUGUUGAUUAAUGCCGAAAUUUGAAUUUAGUCAAGUGCCAACAAGUCAAUUUUUUUCCUAGAUAAGUAGCACACACUUAGUUAACAAUAUGCGUUGAUUGAUAGUGAGAAUUGGCUCAAAAGUGUCCAAAUAAUGUUAUUAAAAUGUCCCCGAAUUAAACGCGUCUAUUUGAAAGUUUUUAUAACAGUGUUUAUUAUCGCAAUUUUGCUCCUCUAUUUACGACAUUUCAACGAAAAAACUCCGAAACCUGUAUCGAAAUUAGCCUCAGUUUACGAGAAACGAAUCAGAGAUUAUGAAAGGAGGAUCAUCCCGAAUUUGGGGCACAACGGUGAAGCGGCGUUUUUGGAGAGCCAGGAUGCCAAAGACGGAGAAAAGGCUUUGAAGAAAUAUGCACUAAAUACGGUCCUGAGCGACAGGAUGCCAUUAGAUAGAAAAUUAAGGGACCCAAGGAACCCCAAAUGCAAGACUUUUACUUAUAAUCCAAAACUGAAAGCCUCUGUUGUUGUGAUAUUUUAUAACGAGCUUUUGAGCGUUAUUUUGAGGACGGUCUGGAGCGUCAUUUUACAAACGCCCAAGGACCUGCUGCAGGAAAUCAUUCUUGUGGACGAUGCGAGCACUGAGGAGACCCUCAAGGGCCUCCUCGACUACUACAUCGAAACUCGUCUCUCAACCACCAGCAUCCGGCUCAUCCACCUCAAAUCCCGCAUGGGUCUGAUUCGUGCUCGCCUCCAGGGGGCCCGUAUCGCCACUGGGGAUGUCCUUGUCUUCCUUGACGCCCAUUGUGAAGCCACCACUGAUUGGAUGCAGCCCCUUUUGUCCCGCAUUGAGCAAGACCACACCGCUGUUCUUGUACCAAUCAUCGAUGUGAUUGAAGCCAACACUUUAGCUUAUUCGACCAAUGGGGACACGUCGUACCAAGUGGGUGGUUUUUCAUGGUCGGGUCAUUUCACCUGGAUCGACAUCCAGAACGACGAAGAUAAAUACAAGUUGACUCCGGUGAAAUCGCCCACAAUGGCCGGAGGAUUGUUUGCCAUAGAUCGGAAAUUCUUCUGGGAGAUUGGAUCAUAUGAUGAGCAGAUGGAUGGUUGGGGUGGGGAGAAUCUGGAAAUGAGUUUUCGGAUUUGGCAAUGUGGGGGGCGACUAGAAACGGUGCCUUGUUCCAGAGUUGGACAUAUUUUCCGAGAUUUUCACCCAUAUUCCUUCCCGGAUAAUAAAGACACCCAUGGGAUUAAUACAGCGAGACUUGCCCAUGUAUGGAUGGAUGAUUAUAAAAGAUUUUUUUUUAUGUACCAACCAGCGUUGGAGAAUAAUCCAGUGGUCGGGGAUUUGACACACCGGAAACAGUUGAGGCAAAAAUUGAGAUGUAAGAGUUUCAAAUGGUAUUUGGAAAAUGUCUAUCCGGAGAAAUUCAUCCCGGAUGAGAAUGUCUACGCCCAUGGACAAGUCCAAAAUGAUUACGGGAUGUGUCUGGAUGAUUUACAAUUAGGGGAGGAUAAAAUUGGCCCAUUGGGUCUGUACCAGUGUCACCCAUACUUGGCAAUGUCGCAGUAUUUCUCUUUGAGUUUCAAAGGGGAGCUGAGGAAGGAGAAUUUUUGUGCCGAAACGUUCGGUGUUCGAGAAGUACAGUUGACGGAAUGUCAUGGUCAUAAACGGGAACAAUUUUGGAUAUUUUAUAAAAACGGAACCAUUUAUAAUCCGACUUCUGGGAAAUGUCUAAGCAGUGCUGGAGUGGAAAAUGGAAAAGGAGUCGUUGUGGAAAAGUGUGCCGAUAGUAUUUUCCAGAAAUGGAGUUUUACAAAUGUUAAUAAAACCGCUGUCGUGGUGUAAAGAUUGUGAUAAUUUAGAAGAACGGGUUUAGGAGACAGGUUAAGGUCAUUGUAUUGUUUAUCACUUAAAAAAUUUUGUGGUGCUCUUCCUAUGUACAUUAAUCGACUAUUAACUAUUACUCGUUGGUUUGUUUAAUAAACAAAUUUAUUUUU